AUGGCAUCUUCUUCAAUUACUACAAAGGAAGCAGAAGCUGAGAGCACAAUUCCAAAUUGGCUUGAACUUCCAAUAGAUAUCACAGCUAACAUCCUUUCAAGGCUUGAUACCAUUGACAUUGUGAAAAGUGUGUGCUUAGUUUGUCCUCUGUGGUGGAACUUUUUCAAGGAUCCUCUCAAGUGGCAAUCCAUUCACAUGACCAAUUUCAGGAGUUUGUCCUUCAUUACUUUUUCCGAGUUGGCUAAGAUUUGUUGUUAUGCUGUUCAACGCAGUCAUGGUCAUCUGUUAGACAUUGAGAUUAGGUCUUUUGGCAAUGACGAUGUCCUUCAAUCCAUAGCUCAAAAUGGAAGUAGCCUACGAAGACUGUGGAUUGUAUCUUGCCUAAGAAUUACAGAUAAAGCAUUUUGUGAAGCUCUGAGAAAACUUCCGCUACGGUGGUGUUUGAUACAUCGGUGUCCUUAUGAUCAUGAGGCUUUUAUUAUUUCAGAAACAAUGUCUAGACUCUGCCAUCUUGAUAUUAAAGGAAACGGUCUCACCGCUGUGGGACUUGUUGCCAUUCUUGACAAAUGUCCUCUUCUUGAGUAUCUUGACAUUCGAGAUUGUUAUAGUCUUAGUUUGACUUUGAGUGAAAGUUUGAAGAAAAGAUGCAUUGAGCAAAUUAAGGAUUUACGACUUCCAGUUAUGAAUAACUAUGAAGACUUCGAUUAUUUAGAUUUUGAUAAUGACUUUUAUGAUCCUUAUGAUUGA